GUCAAUGGAAAUUCCAUCGACUAGUCGAUUAGUUGAUUAAUCUAAUUUUAACAUCCCUACUAAUGGAUUCAUCCCCAAGAUGGUGAUGCAGAGAAACAGGGUUAUUCUUUCCCUUUGGACAGAUGGGUAAGCGAGGUCCAGUGGGAUUAGGGCCCUGGGAACACUGAAGCUUGUGCAUAUCUUUACUCUGGGUGUAGGAACAGGUGGGGAGUGAGCCAGGAUGUGGGAAGGCCAGAGGGAAGGAACGUCAUGCCCAUUGUGUUAUGCCUUGCAGCCAAAAGCCACACCCUCUGAGGCAAAGAGGAAGCCAGGGCAGCUGUCCUGCACCUUCUGUAGCUUUGUACAUGGUCUCCAAAGGUAACCUAUGCAGUGGUCCACUCUGAUGAGGCCUGGAUCCAAAGGAAACUCACCAACGCUGGAUGCCACCCUGGAUUCUAGAUUUCGGAAUCCCGGGGGAAGCCCUCACCAAACCAGCAGCACCACCUGUGUCCUGUCCGUGUUGAGCUUUUGCUGCUGUCUUGUUGAAGGGCGACUAAAUGAGGCCGGAACUCCCUGAAACGACAAACUACCAACCCGCAGGAAUUACAGUGAGCGUGAGCAAGCGGUGAGCGAGCCAGUUACGUCUUCACAGGGAGUCGGGGGUGCAGAGGGGAAGGAACCCUGGAUCCAACACACCAGAGAGAAGUUGCAAAGGACGAGCGGGCUGCCCCAUGGCUGGGGAAACGACUUCCCUAUGGCAGGCAUGCUGUCCGGGAGAUGAUACAGGCAAAGACACUGCGAGGUCCUGCUGACUCAUGGAUUUCUGAGCCGGGACCUUGUUCCUUGUCCCUGCCGGCAGCCAUGGGGCUCUUGUUGCUGCUGCUUGUAAAGUGCUUCAGCAGGAGGGAGGAGAGAUGGCCUGUGGCAGAGAGCGAGGAAGUGACCCCAGUAACUUGUGGUCAGAAGUGGCUGCUGCGUGGAUGUGAUUGGCGUCUCAGCACCUUCCUCACCAGCAACAGGAAGCAAAGCUCCGAGGAAGUGAAUCUCCCCCGUUGCGAGGGCAUGGGCCACACUCGGCUCCCUCUGCUCGCCCUCCUGGCCCUGGCUUUCCGAUCCCCAGAUCCUGGAUUAGCCCAAGCACCGACUCCCCGCCGCCACGUGAAUGGGAUUCUAGGUGGAUCAGUCUUGCUGUCUGUGGUUCCAUUCCCUGGGAGAAAGGUAAGGACAGUCGAAUGGAGCUUUGGUGCUGGGACGGGUGAUACGAUUCAGCUGGCUGAGUUCACCAGUGCGGGAUUUGAGCGGCCCAAUCCCAAAGAUCAGUUUCAGCAGCGGCUAGAAAUGCACAACGCGACCUCGCUGAGGAUCAAGGCUCUGCAGCUAGACGACAGCGGCGUUUAUGAGGCUCGGAUUAAGACAACAGUCUCCAUUGUGGAGGAUCAGGCCUUUCUCCUGACGGUCUAUGAGCCUGUGCCGGAGCCGGAGAUAAGGAGCCACUCGCUCUCCAGCACGGCAGCCAAGUGCAACAUCACCCUGCAGUGCCUGGUGCCUGGCGGGGAAAGGGUUAACAUCUCCUGGAGGAGAGGGAGCCCAAUGCGAGACCUGGGCGAUCAGGAGCGGUACCAGCUCAGCCCUGAUGGCAGGAGCCUCCAGCUGUCCCUGCCGCUCAACCCCCUGGCCUCUAACUUCACCUGCACGGCCAGCAACCCUGCAGACCAGAAGAGCAUCUCUCCCGACCUGCAGAGCAUCUGCCAAAGCUCAAGAACAGCUCCCAGGCCUUGCCACUGGAAAGCCAUUUUUGUGGGGGUGUUCUUGGGACUCCAGAUCUGCGCUAUUGUCCUUGUGAACCUGCUGCACAGAAAAAUGCCCUAACGCCGGAGGUUGGGCUAGAAUCUC